AUGUCUUAAUAAAAAUAAACAGUUUUCAAUUAUAAUAAUGAGGAAAUGUAAGAAAAUUAAUCUAAUCAUUUAGAGGUGGUUGUUUAAUGUUGAUGUAUGAUUCAGAUGAUGAAGUUGAUAAAUUUAACUAAAAUCUUUAAGACAGUCAAAUUCAAUUAUUAAAAACAACUACUAAAAUGCAAUCAAUUUAACUAUAGAAUAAUCAAAAUAUUAAAAAAUGA